GCACAUUGACUCAGUACCGGUACUCUUGUAUAUAGUCUCGUUAUUGUUAUUUUAUUAAUCAAUCAUUUCUUUUUUUUCUUUGCUAAUCUUUUCUUCCUUUUAACUCUGCAUUCUUGGGAAAGGGAGGUCAAGUCUACGGUAAAGUUCACACGUGGCAAGUUCAAAAAUGGAUUGCCAAAUUACUUCUUAUCACAAUAGAAGGAAACAAAUGAUUCCCUACAGACGCUCUACUUCAACGAUAUCAGAUAUGGCUUUCAUCAGAGCAAUCUGUCAGGACAUAACACAAUCUGCUUUGACAGUUGACACUAUUAUAGAACUUCAUUUUAUUGAAUGAUUCCAAAAGUACAUCAUACAUCAGCCAGAGGUACAGACAGUGUCUAGGAACGUUUUGCCCUGCAAUGUGAGUCAUGCCUGGAGAUCCAUCAAGUUAUUGACUAUAUUUUCCACAAGAGGACCAGACUGUUUCACAAGAUGCAAUAUAUCCCUGAUGUUACAAGGUUAAUUCACUGUGACUCACUCAACCAGGUUCUCUAAAUCCUCAAGCCCCGAGAUCCGUAUUAUAAGGAUAUGUGAUGUUUAUUUGGGAUGAGAUGCACAACUAGAUGUCAAUAACUUCCUCAGAGGAAGACAAAGGUGUCAAUGAAAACAGCACUCAAGAAGCUUUAUGGCAGAAACAGGCCAAUCAAAAUGGGUGCCAGGCACUUCAUUUAACUAAAACUGCCGUACAUAAACACAGCAGCCAUACUGACAGAGUUGUGAGCCGUGAUUUCUGGCUACAACAGCCGGGGUCAUGUGGUUUGACCUCGGUGAUGGAUGUUCAAUCAGCCCCACAUUGGUGCCGAUGCUCAGACCUGGAGCCAAGAUGGAAGAGCUCAUCUCUGGGCAUGGUGCACUUUAUAGGGACAGAAUCAAUUCACUUCUCCCUGUCCAAGAUUCUCCCGCUAUUAUUCUUAAGGAAGUAAUUCAUGUAAAAGAAAAGGACUGAAAGUGCCAAGAACAUCCCGUAAAUAACAGGUGAUAGACGACUUUCUCACUCUGCUGGCUUUGUAUCUGUCGUGUUGAUGAAGGGCCGCUGGCCGUGGAUCCAGAUCGUCAUAUUUCUGUCAGCCACUACAUGGCCCCUCUUGCAAAGGACGGUGGUCCAUUGACGAAAGCCAUGGUGACUACCUAUUGAUUGAGUGCACUGGGGGGGGGCCCUCCUCCCACAUCUGACAGGAUAAAAGUAUAGCUGGGAUGGACCAAAGGCAGUGGAUUUGCUGGGGCAGGUUGAGAACGAGUUGACACUACGGUAAGCACUUCUUUGGGACAGUUGCUUCGCUGACAUGGACAGUUUUGUCUCUGUGAACUACUGGCUGGGACUGCUAGCUUUUCUGCUUCUACAAGGGGUAGUCAGUGUGGAGGGAAGAAGCAUCUUCAACCCUGGAAACCAUGUAUAUCCCCAAAGAGGAGACACAGACGCCCAGAAUAAGAUUCUAGCGUUGUUGCUACAUAGAAGCUUAGAACCUAUUGAAAGAAAUGACGCUUUAGGUUUAGAGUUUGCCAACAAGCUAGCGGAGCUGAAGGAGAUAGAGGCUUUGAAGGAGGACUUGGAGCUGGAAAGGGAGCUCUCCUCAAACACACUAGCGGAGGACAAGUCCAUACUGCGGAAAAGGGUUGAGCCCUGUUUCUGGAAGUAUUGUGUAUGACAGUACUUCCAGGAGCGCAGUACUGUACGUGCAGUACUGUCCUACAUAGAGAGGAGCCUCUGAGUCCCGCUGCAUUGCCCUAAUGCUCCAAAGACUCAACACGCUCACAGGCAACAACACAACUCACCCAUUACCAAGUGUUUGAAUGUUGUAGCGUAACUAAUAUGCUAAUACUAUAAUGUACUCAUCACUGUGCUGUAACCUCUGUGCUGAUGUCGCAAUAUUGGGCGUCUACAGGUGUUUAUAAUAGGUUCAAUGACGGUUGGGUCUAAAUCAAGGUGGGCAUAAGUGACAUUUUAUUUGUGUUGUUUUGCAUAAUUACCUUGUAGUGCAUAAUUACCUCAAACGACCGAAAUGACUUGAUCGCCAGUUCGGGACUGGAUGUAACGUUUCAGAUGCUUCUCUACAGGACUCCAACUUUUGAGAUGACAAGGAGUUAUCAGCAUUUCUCUAAGAAUGGAAAGUAUUGUUGUCACAGCCUAACAUCGUCUGCUGACAAAGGACUUGGUCCAUGUUUCCACACCCAGAGUAACUGUCCUCUUCUCAACAUGUUGACUUUGUCUUCCUCUAGUGGUAAAUGGGUGCAGUGACGCAAUUCAUGUACUUUCCAUUGUCAAAUAUUAGUAUUGCUUUGAUGAAAUAUCAGUAUUGCUUUGAUGAAAUAUCAGUAUUGCUUUGAUGAAUGUGUUACCGUUUCCUUCAUUUAAUAAACUAUAUAUUAUCAUGCUA